CUGAACUGAUAUCCAGACGUCCAAUAAAGGAUUCAAUCACAACAUUAUUCUCACGACUAUUUUGCCGAUACGACGGCGGGGCUGGGUCAUCAAACUCGAGGACUGGCUAUCCCCGGAUCAAAAUAAGUGGAUGGUUGCGCAGUCUGCCUUUGUAUUAGGGCAUGCCACGAGGAAUCUAUUAUCUGCCGUCUCUACCAGAUUGGUGUUGGUGGUUGGAUAACAAUCCGCGCGCUGUGUCCACGUGUGAAAUAUUGUUAAACAAACUACAGCAGUAAGGCUUGGCUCAAACCCAUGUCCAAACCAUGCCGCUGAUCAAGCGCGCCAUUUGGCUUAUAUCCGUGCCUAUUAUCUUUCUGCUAGCAUUGCUCGCGCUACGGCUGUCCGUGUUGAAUACUUACCUUGAUGUUGAAGAUUUGUGCUACCGUUGGUUCCCUUUUAUCUCAUGGCAAGUCAUCCUCCCAUCAUGGGCUCGUGUAGCGGUUGUUCUAGGGGCCACGGAGACACCAGCUGUGACUCUUCGCCAAGGCACUGUAGUUGGGAAGGUUCUCAGAGACAAUCUACCAAAGCCCGUUGAGGCGUUUCUUGGAAUCCCAUAUGCGCUGCCACCGACGAACGAAAGGAGAUUCAGUCCUCCAGUGCCCGUCCAUGCGUCUAAUGAUGCAAUCGAUGCCACAAGCUAUGGCAAAAGAUGUGCAUCACCUCCGCUUUUGUUUUAUGGAUGGUCUGAAGAUUGUCUGACCGUGAAUAUAUUCCGCCCUCGGAUGCAAAAUAAGACGAACAAAUUACCAGUAGCAAUAUAUUUCCAUGGUGGCGCUUUUAAUCUUGGAAAUGGGGGAAGUCACAACUCCGCCUCUAUGAUGGCGUGGUCCGAAAAGCCAUAUAUUGCUGUGAACUUCAAUUACAGACUUGGUGCAUUUGGCUUCCUAUCAUCGAAAGUUGCAGCAAAGGGAAACGCACUUAACGUAGGUCUACGUGACCAAAACCUCUUAUUGAAAUGGGUGCAUGAAAACAUUGAAGCUUUCGGUGGCAAUCCAAACGACGUCGCCCUGUUUGGGCUAUCAGCUGGAGCACAUUCAAUCGGCCACCAUGUCAUGCAUUAUGAGGAAGGAAUGCCGUCACUUUUUCGCCGAGUCAUUAUGGAAUCUGGAGCAGCAACCUCUCGUGCCGUUUACCCCUAUAACCACAAUCUCCACGAGCUUCAAUUUAAAGAAUUUCUCGUUGAAGCUGGCUGCUCUGGUUUGGAGGAAGAUGGAAUCAUGUCAUGCCUACGAAGCAAACCGGCACUAACCAUUGCUUUGGCCUCAUCCAAGAUCUUCUCCCGCUACGAGUCUUCAGAUCGCUGGGCGUUCCAGCCAGUCAUCGACGGCGAUAUCAUCAAACAAGCUCCUAUCAAAGCCUGGGAAGCUGGUAGCUGGAACAAAGUCUCAAUCCUCACUGGCUUCAACACGAAUGAAGGUACCUCCUUUGUUCCCUUAGAGAUGUCCGAGUCAGAGGAAUUUAUCAACUUUUUCCGCUUGCUCAUUCCAGCCAUGCCUGAAAAGGACCUCGAGAAGCUUGACCAAUUAUACCCAGAUCCGCUAAAGUACCCAUCCUCUCCCUAUGCGGAGACCCGAAACAUAAGAGUAGGUGCUCAGUUCAAGCGUGUCGAGGCCGCUUACGGUAAUUUCGCUUAUAUAUGCCCUGUUCGGCAAACUGUCCACCACGCAUCGGCGGGACAGCAAGCGCCGGUAUAUUUGUACCACUGGGCUCUAAAUAAAACCGUGAAGGGUGGUGCAAGCCAUGCGGACCAGACCGAAUACGAAACGUAUAGCCGCGGCGUGCGGCAGAUUUCCGCUGCCCAGGAAGAAAUCGCUGGGACAUUGCAUGCAUAUUUCACGUCCUUUCUUACCACUGGUGAUCCUAAUGCUGUCCCCGGAAGAUUUCCGGAUAGACCUGAGUGGAAGGCGUUUGGUGGUAGGUGGUGGAAGAAAAAUAGGACUCUUAUGCUAUUUGGUGAAGGGAAUGAUGAGCGGGCCGGAGGCGGUGGGAUUGGGAUUCCAGCACAAAUAGCAAAUGAUGUGUGGAGUCAGGAUGAGUGCGAGUUUUGGUCGAAUAGGAGUAUUUUGACGGAAUCUUGA